AUGGUCGAACUCAGGAAGCGCAAGGCACCUGCCACGGCGGCCCCUCCAGUGGAGAAGAAGCCCAAGGCCGCCAAGCCUCAGGCGGAGCUGGACGAGAAGGAAGAGGUCAAAAGCUCCAAAGUGCCCGAUGUGGGUGAUAUAAUCGACAUUGAAGUCUUCGGGGGGGAAGUGCAGACCAAUGAGGGCGAAACCACCUCCCUGAAGAAACUCCUCGAGGAGAGCAAAACGGGCGUGGUGUUCUUUACAUACCCCAAAGCAUCAACACCGGGCUGCACCAAACAAGCUUGCUUGUUCCGGGAUCAUCAUACUCACUUGACCUCUUCGGGUCUUGCUAUCUACGGUCUUUCUGGGGACUCUCCCAAGGCCAACACCACUUUCAAGACCAGACAGAACCUUCCAUACCCUCUUCUGUGUGAUCCCCAGGCCAACCUCAUUGCAGCUAUUGGUCUGAAGAAAUCCCCCAAGGGUACCGUCCGCGGGGUAUUUGCGGUGGAUAAAAAGGGUAAAGUUUUACUGCGCGAGUCCGGUGGCCCAGAUGCGACUGUCGAUGCUGUUCAGAAGAUUGUUGCCAAUGCGCCAAAGGUCGACCAAGAAUGGGAAGCCGAGCCAGACACUAAGCAGGAUGAAAAGCCAGAUGAAAAGCAGGAUGACAAGCAAGAUGAAAAGCAGGAUGACAAGCAAGAUGACCUGCAGGCUGAUGAAUCCAAGUGA